CACGAAGGUCAAAAGUAUUUUAAAAAUAAGGCCGUAGGCAUUGGCAGAUUGGUAUGGCAGUGGACGUUAAGGGUCGGGUGGCGUUGUAAUGGCAAAAAGUUUGCGAAAGGGUCGGGAUUGGAGAUAGACAAGAUGGACCAACAGUAUUGUCUACGGUGGAACAAUCAUCCAGCCAACCUCACAGACGUUCUCAGCUCCUUACUUGCCAGAGAAGCACUCUGCGACGUUACCCUGGCUUGUGUUGGGGAGACUUUCAAGGCACACCAGACGAUACUCUCUGCAUGCAGUCCGUAUUUUGAGAGCAUUUUCCUCCAGAAUACCCAUCCCCAUCCAAUUAUAUUCCUGAAGGAUGUCAAUGACACGGAAAUGAAGGCAUUGCUGCACUUUAUGUAUAAGGGAGAAGUUAACGUUAGUCAGCAUCUACUACCGAUGUUCCUUAAAACAGCAGAGGCAUUACAGAUUAGAGGCCUCACAGAUAAUAGUGUAAAUCACAAGACAGAAGAGAAAAGUCCAUCGCCAGAACCAGAAACACAAAUUGGUGUUAGGCAUACCGAUUCGCCUAACCUUCAGCCUCUUCCCGAGAAGAGGAAAAGAAAGGCUUCGGGCAGCUACGAUGUUUCCCUUAGUGGUCCACCCAGUGAACGGUUCAUGUCUGAUUCUCAGGCAUCUUCACAAUGUAGUUACAAAUCGAGCCCUCCUGUGAUUCCAAAGUUAAAUAAUGCCUUGGGAGGUGAAAUGGAAGAUGGUGGUCGACCCAUGUCCCCUGCAUCACAGCCGCAACCUUCUAUCAAGCAAGAGUUAGAUCAUCACUUACCAGACUUUCAUGACAACAUCUCCCUCCCAGGACAUCCAGUUGGGUUGCUAGGAGACGAUGGGGGUGCCACGGCAGGCGCGCUUAGCGAUGGCGUGUCAGGGAUUGAAUCGUCCGAACACCAUAAUCCCCCAGAAAUGCUCGACGGACUUGAUGAUACGACACUUUUAACUCCUCAGGGCACUGAGUGCGCGCCGAUUACGUACAUUGAGAAAGUUAAUCUGUCGGACUUUUUCGAAAAGCUGCCGUACACUUACACUAGCAAAUGCAAACUAUGCGGCCGGGUCGUGUCGAAUCUAAAGAAUCAUUACUUGACCCACAAUCCAGGGAAUUACGUCUGCCCUCUGUGCGGGUGCCGCAGGACCCGGCUGGAUAACUUGAAGGGUCACAUAAAACAGAAACACCCCGAGAUACAAAUACUGAACAAGUCCAGUGGCACCGGGCUAACUUGAACACGGAGUCUCUGCCGUGUCACGCUAUUUUUUUCUCUCCCUUUGGUCCAGAAGCUUUUCUGAAAAUUCGCGGGGGCAUUCGCUGAAACGAGUGAAGGGUGACGCGCGCCUGCCACCGAGCCUGUUUGCUCCUGUUCCUGUGUUCCGCCAGGCACGAAGCUAGUAUUUUUAUUUCUCGUGAAAUUGGUCCAAGCUUGUAAGUGCACGUACUACCGUAAAGGUAUUUCGCUAUCGAAGACCCGUGCAUUUAUAACGAACGCAAUACAAUAACCACCUCCUUCAAUGUUUCGGUUGCAGGUUUCAAUUCUUCUUAAAAAUAAUUGAAAUUCCUGAGAAAGUAACGUAGCUUGUGUAUUAUUAGAACUACGGUGAUAAGGAUAAGAGAAGGACACUUUGAAUAGAAGCAAACCGCAGCGUCGAGGUGGUAAAUAGGUCUUCGUUCUUCAUUUAUUCCAGCGAGUGCUAAACAUCCGUAAAUUCUCGAAAGGUUUUAACCUUUUACUUUUAACCACUGGUAUAAAUGUCGGGGAUCGUUUACUUCCCAUUUUCUUCGCGUCUCGUCGCUCAGGGUCGACAAUCGUUUCGUGGGAUCCUUUUCCAUCGACGAACGUUCACGGUCGCUUGACGUUAUCGCGGAAUAUCUGUAAAAUCGUAGGCGCGUAAAGCGUUCGGGGUUACGACACUUUCCGAACGUGCGAUGCUAGUCACGAAAGAUGGUCGCGGUUACAAAGCUUUACGUGUCGCGUCGGUUCGCAAUUUUGUACUUACCAAGACCGGACGGAGCGCGAAAAUUGCGAGCAUCGCUCGCAAACAAUGUGCGCCGUUCGUAUCGAUUUCUCCUUGUGCAUUUAUGGAUAAGCGGAUUUCGCGACUGACGUACGCGCAAGAGACGCCAAUUGCGCACUUGAACUGGUCCGAAAAUUAGGAAUGAAUCGUAGCUGAUGCGAGGAGUUGGAAAGAUCGCCCCUGAGGUGUUUACUCGCCCAUAGCAAUGCUAUUAAAACGAUUAAAAGAGUUUUAAUUUGGUUCAUAGCUUUUGAGAAUUGUAUUUUGGCUAUUUUCAGUGGAUAUCAAUGGCUAAUAGAAUGAUAGUGUUCUAGAAAUGUUAGGUAUGAAUUAAUCCGGGAAAUUUCCAUGCCCCCAUAAAAAGCUUACGCCACUAUUUAAGACUUCAAAUCACUCGGCCGCCGCAGCAGCGCCGCUCGAGUUGACAGUUCAAAUCGGGCGCCGCAUCGGCGCCCCCCGAGUGCAAAGGGUUAAACCUAAACAAACGUUAUUGUUGAUCGAGUUACUGCAACACGUUAAGAUGCGACUGAGAGUCACCUUUCGUGCGCAAAGGGUUAAUAAAAAUGUUCCUUGCGAUCCAAAGCUCCGAGAUACAAGCAGAUAAGUGUUAGCAUAGAAACCUGGACUGCUCCUAUCUCGAAAACCAAGUUUUAGAUCGAAAAACCGAAGAGGACUCUCUCUGUUCAUCGAAGAUGACCAAUCUACUAUGCUCGAAAGCUACUAGCCUGGUUCAGACGCGAUAGCGACGCUAUUUGCGUUAAACUCUGAUCACUGAAUCCGAAUUUCCACUUAGGGGCGUUCCCAGCAGCUCUCGAAGGAAAAGUCGUUCACGUAAACGAUACAACUCGCGUGUCUGUUUCACCUGCGCUUUAACUAUCGACCGUUCUUCGCGGCAUCUUGAUUAAUUUCAUGAAUUUCCCACGACACUAAGGAAGGAAUCUCCCGGCGUCUCCGGGCGUCGGCGUCGUCGGAUGGGACACGCUGUCACAUCUCGAGCUACUUCGUGUCCGCCGACCUUUAACGGCGCCAGAGAAUCGGUGGGUUCGUGCAUUAGUAGACUCGUAACGCUGGAGAGACUGCAAAUGGAAAUUAACGUUACGCGACUUUCUCCUGGUCUUGGUCAAAGGGCGUUUCACGGUUAACGAUAAAAAGCGUUUCACCGUUUUGAGUUCGUCCGUGACGACACGGGCCAUCGGUUCGGCAGCCGUUGCAUUUAAUUACGCCGCCCUCCCUUCAUUAGCGUAAUUAUUCUUUUUGUCGCGCGUCUUGCGCUUCCACCCCCGUCCUCGUGGGGGGUCGAUCGAUUUCCUUCGAGAGAGCCAUCGUUGCUCCUUUCUAUUUUUCUCACGCCGUUGGUUGAGCUGGUUGGGUAUGCCCGGUGAGCCACUUUAAGUUACCGCUUUAAAUAUCAUCUUCAUUUUUCUUAUUGUCGGGAAAAUGCCGCCAGGUACAAUAUUGUCCUUUCGUUAAAUUGCCAGUCUUUUUUACGACGUGUUUUCAUUUUUUCCGUUGGUAUCUCUCUCUAAUGAAACUUGUUACCGUCUUUCCGAGGGAUUUGUGGUCGACGCGGCGGGGAACUUGGGGUACGUCUGGAGAUAAUCUUGAACAGGAAUCAUUCUAUUAGAGAAAAAGAGAACAGAUUUCAUCUCUGGAGUAUCUCGAGGGUCCAUGGUCUCUGUCACGCGCGAUUAACCUUCCACUUUCCGGGACACUGUUCCAAAGUUUGAUCGAACGUUCUACGAGCGUUUUGCAUUUUCCUCCCGUAUAAAACGUCUUUCCCUUAAGCUUUGAAGCGAGAAAGUUCUACGAGGUGCUAGCUCGCAGUGACACCCGCUACACCUAUAAUGUAGAGUGCUCGGAUCCUCAUUAAAUUUCGAUUCCAAUAACGCCAAGUACUUCUGUCCCGUUCGGAGCUAUUCUAUUUAGAAGCAAUCGUUACGACAAGGCAGUCUAUUUUCCUGGGUGCGACGGGUUGUUGCGAUCGAUCUUCCAUAAUGAUAAUUGAUUUCGCCCAGGCUUCGCGAAACACCGUUCCGAAUUCACCGACAACAGAAUUGCGAACCCGUCAUUUAAGCGCGAAGCGUUCUCCAAUUUCAAUGCCCAUUCCGUUUGUACAGGGUAUCAACGGACCAACUAAUAUAAUCCCCUUGUAAAACAAUUCUCCCUUCGGAACGAUUAUUUUUACGCGAGUUAUCGAAUUUUUCCAUUGUUUCUUUCCUCAAGAAUUGUUAGGUGAAAAUAAAAAUUUGUAGAUCCACCUUGUAAAUCGAGUCUCGUUGGCUUGCUCGUCCUUUCACUCUCACUCUACCCCAUUCGUUUUACUCGUGGAAUUCCAGCUCGAGUCAAAAAUCGCCACUUACCCUGCUUUCGAGUUAACCGAGGGUCCCGAAGUUUCGCCACUCAAAACUGAAAAUAACCUCUAACCGAGCACUUGUCCGUCGAAUCGAUUAGCGUGCGAAAUUAUGCAAACCAUUCGCCCUCUGCGUCGAUACUUUUCUUUCGAACGUCGUCCACGUUUUCAUCCUGGCGAACACCUUUUGUUCCGCUUCCCGUCGAUACAAUUACUUCCGCCUGGAAAAUCACUUCUUCGGUUUCCAUCGCGUAACCAUCGAUCUCGAACAAAGCGGCUUCGAGGACGAAACAGCGUAUUAUGGUUCUCCACGCUUCGCGAGGCUAUCGGUUGUUUAAUAUUCUCGGGGUGGCAGUUGAAGAGGGGCUGGAGAGACUUGUCGGGGGUUGGGACGAAAGGGGUAGUAGACCAAGAAACUCCUGUUCGAGAGGGGUGGUCCUUUUCGCGAUAAGCUUCUUAAAGGCAUAUCUUCUCGCCCUUAUUACAGGGCCGAGGUUCGCGGAUGAAUGGCCGUAGCAGGAGUUGACUGGGUUGCUCAAUAAGAGGAUCACCGAGCAGAGGUGUAGCCACUGCAAAGAGUUUCGUUUUCCCGAGCACGCGACAAGAGGCUUUCAUUUUUCCGUUCUCGAUCGAAACACCGCUUUAGCUUAGCCGACGACGGAGACGUUCCCGGAUUGUUUCUCGAAGUUGUCUGCCAAAGGCUACCUCGGGAGAGCUCGUCAGAACUUGCCUCAAUUCCGCGAGGCGUUCCUUCGAAAUCGCGCCAAGGAAGACAGGAUAUCUGGGGACAAUUGAGACAUUUGUUAUGGCAGUGACGUGACGCUAAAUAGGCAGUGGUGGUUCUUGAUCGAAGCUGCACCGCUUUGAAGUUCGGUCACCUGACUAUCUUAGAAGAACGAGACUGCUCAGCAUCGCUUAAGCAGGAGUAUACCGCAUCUUCUCUGACAGUUCCUCACUGAAUGAACUUCAAAGUGGUACAGACUCUCCGUUGCCUAUCUAAUUAAAUCCACGAAUAUUACUGUUCUUAUAACGCUAUAUACGGUCAAUACCCCAUAAAUACUCGGAUCCUCUAUGCCUAUUGAAGAAGUUUCACUAAAUUAAAUAAUAGUCUUGAUAUUAUCAAAUGAAUUUUUCAUUAUAAAUAUACAUAUACAUAUAUGAACGAGCUUAUAUAUGUACAUAUUUAUAUUAGGUAGACUGGAAAGUAAUGUCGUUUCUUUUACAUUAAAUUCAAACAAAUUUUUGAUAAAUUUCUAUUUUUAAUUAAUUAUGUAUUAUUAAUUAUGUAUUAAUUAUUUUCAAUGCCAGAUCGAUAAAAAUCAAUGACCUGAUGAGUGAUAGACAAGUAUUUAAAAUUGCAAAAACGACAUUACUUUCCAGUCCACCUAAUACAUACAUCGACAUAUGUAUAGAAACAUACACUUGGAAACAUCAAACCUACCAUUUAACCCUUUAUUUACUUAUAAGUCCCGUCAAUGUUCUCGUGGUACUGUAUUAAUUAAACGCUUUGACCUAUUAAACCUAUUGUAACUUUCAAGUCCACUUUUAUGAAAUUCGUGUUUAAUUGUUGGAUAGCAACACAAGCUUUUUUCUUUGGAAGCUCGGUAGAAAUAACUCUAUAAAAUAAAAGAUAUAAAACCAAGAUGGACGCCUAGAUUUCAAAAACUUUUGAGAAAUUCAGUAAAUAAAUUUAAACAAAUUUCUUCAAUAGACAUAAAGGGUACGAAUAUUUAUAGCUCUGCCUGUAUAAUAACAGCACGAUUGAAUUUGUUCUUUCUUGGUCGCACAAUAGAACACAACAGCCUUACAGACUCCGUCAUUAUUUAGAGCGAAUAGUAAUUAAUUCAUGAACGUACAAAUAAUCAACGUACAAUUUCAGUUCAAGAGCCUUACAGGCUAUAUUUAGAGUAAAUAGUAAUUAAUUCAUCAAUAUACAAAUAAUCACGUUAAAAUUUCUCUUUCGAAGCAGAAACAAAAAUCAUGUAGCAUCUAAUAAAUGCACUCGCCAUUAAUAUUCGAAAGCAUAGUCCACACCAAAUACUUCACACAUCAAAUAUAAUAAAUGCAUUCCAUGCCACUGUUACAACAAACGACUCAAUUGAAGUUCGCUGCGUCUGCAUCCAACAGUUCGCUGUUCAUCUGUAACAGGAGCCGCGUGUAACGUUUCGCGUGCGCGACAGACGGUCCCGGUUCGAGUGUUUGCUUUUUCUACAAUUUUUGUUGUGUUAUGAACAACACUCGGGAUAGCUCGACGACCGAGUUUCGUGUACGCAAGUCCUCGAGAUCCUCUCGUGAAAAUUAUUCGCCGCGGCUGCGGCGCGUACAUCGCGAGGAUAUUUUCGCCGAGCGGGAAAACUUUCCUGAACUUCGCCGACUGCGAGCACAUACGUUCCCCGAGCGACGUGCCUCAAGUAUGGUGUUUUUGCGAUCUGUAGUUUCGGAUGUUAACGAUUAGGAUCGUUCCAAUUAUGCUAGGUUCUUCAGCAUCGAUCCCCGUUUUUUUUUCGAUGGAGCUAUAAAAAUUGGAGCCUACGAGAAAGAGAACUAAAUUCCGUUUAAUCGAAAGAGAAGAAAGUUUGGAGUUGGAAAUGGAAGACACACGACUUGUUAUUCGCUACUCUUCGAGUACAAAAUUUAUCUAGAAUUCUAGAACGAAGUAUUUUCAUAUACACUGAGAAAUUGAAACUCCAGUGGAAGUAAACUUUCCAAAGAUUCCAUGGCAAACAAUUUCGCGUCGAAAAAUUCGUUCGUUAAGCGCAAACUAAAUUGCUGUGUCCGCAAGAAGCUGACACCUUUCCGUGUUCAGCGUUUAAACGCGCGUGCCUGCUUUAUUCCAGUUUUCCGCGCCGCGUUCCCUUGUUCUCGAUAAUAAUUUAACCAGACUUAAUACAGCAUUUAAUGAUUGCUAAUCUCUUUAGAAUUCCCCGCGUCAUUUGAAUCUCGAAUUAUUUAAAUGGCUGGUAUUACCCUUACGCCCAGGGGAUUCGGAUUCCACGGUUUGCGCAAACUGAAUGUUUGCACACUAAAACGUUCAGAUAAUAUGAAAUUCAGAUUUAAACGCACAAUUCACCUCCGCUGAGAAACGCUUGUCUUAUUCGGUUCCGCCGUUACGGGCGUGUUCGUGUUCAGCAUAGGUUAGUGUCGUACUAGCUGUCCGAUGGAACAGAUGGUCCACUCCGAGAGGAUGAUUCUUCGUAAAAAAAAGGAAAAAGAAAAAAAAAGUAGCAGCGAAUGUACAGUGAAUUUUUCCCGUGCGAAGUUUCGUCUUGGGAAAACAACGCGAGAUUUAUUCGAGUUUCCUGGACUUAUCCGCGCGAAGGAAACGCAAAUUUGUUUAAAGUUCUACUCAAAUUUGUAGAAUUACAAGGAUAGCGUUAAAAAUAGAUGGAAAGGAGAAAUAAUUAUUCUUUUAAGAACGAAGCACGAUAAAAGUUUUCUCUGUUUUUCUUUUUUACAUAUUUCUGAACGAAGAGUCAUCAGUAUUUGUUACGAGCGGCGUUGUCCGUUAUAAUCUUUGAAUUUUUCUCUUUCAUUUCGUGCCCGUGCUGUUUACGUUUGUGCCAACGCCAUCGUUCUUCUCAUCCGGGUGUGGUUGCGCGAUCAAUCAACGUUAGUUAUUGGUUCUAGGCAGCCCGACGUUCCUUUGACACGGGCGAAAUGAUACGUUAUACCCGACACCAACUUUUGCAAGUACCACGCAAAUUUAUAGGUUCCAGGCAUGAGAAGGUGGAAUUAUAUUUAGCAUAUCGCCAUUCAUUUUCGCGCAAAUUCUGAACGGAACUGCAGCGAUGUAUUUUCGGCCUAUUAAAAAAUAAUAGACUACCAGAAAGCACUCGAACGAAUAGAAACGUCUAAAUUUACUUCGGUCGGCCCGUUCGACCCUUCCAUUUUCCGUGACUCUCGAUAGUUCGAGGACUUCCUAGUUGGUGACUUCUCUGUCGUCGAAAAUGCUAUAAUUUUAAUCAUUUCUGCGAGGUAACCGACGUUGCGAUAGGUUGUUCUAUAGAAACAAACUACUCGAAAAUGUGCGAUACAUUUUUUUUUUAUGAGAGCUUUCGUUUCAUAUUAAAAAGAAUUCAAUAUUUUGUACAUUCGUCUUCGGAUUAGGCUUCUCAAUUUCAUUUACAUUCUGUACAGUUUCACCUUGGAUAACGUUCUAUCAAUAGAAUCUAAUCUCUGAAAAUCCCAGCAGACCCGCGAAUCAAGCGGUAACUUCUCGUUACUUUUCUCAAAUAAACGAACCAAGGGAUGUUUUCUGGGGCACGCGCUAACGUUUAGCCGCGUAUGUACGUUCGAAUCUCACCGACCCGUCAAUGCAGCGUAUCACCUGGCUGCGAGCGAGGGGAAAACAUCCGGAGGGUCAGUGCUCGUCGUCGCAGAAUCGUCGAGAGGGAAAACUAGCGUCCCGAAACAGCUUCCAUGUAUGACAGUUGCACGGUUGUUUCAUUGAAUACACACCCAUACGGCUGCGUUUCUCCCCAGCGUGCAUCGGGAAGCCAAACAGAUCCAGAGGCGCGGGAAUGAAAGAGUGAGAGAGAAAGAGAGAGAGAGAGAGAGAGAGAGAGAGAGAGAG